CUGCUUCCCUUCUCGUUUUUACUAGGUGAUUCAUGGCUGCCUAGCCAAAUUACCAGUUUUACCCCCUCACACUGAUUUCGUCAUAAUCGGCGGCUCAGAUCUUGGUUAUGAACGUGCUUUACCAUUCUGGAAAGUAGAGAUUAAGACCUUUCCAACGCGUAUAAGCUCAUUUCUAGAAGUUACCUGAGCAGCACGCAAUGAUUCGUUGAGGUCGUCAGACUUAAUCUCUAAUUAGUUCUCUCCAGAUUUGCACGAUUUCCAUCAGUGGUAUCAGAGCCACGGUUAGAGGACGUUCUUUCCUCCAUUGGAAGAGAUCUAGGGAGGCUUGAAGUGCUCCAGAUCUAGGGUUUGACAUGGCCCAAAAGUUGGAUGGCCCUCCUAGGUUUACCGGCUCGGACUUUUCGCUAUGGAGGUUCCAGUUCACACUAUGGCUAGGUAUUAAGGACCUAGAAAGUGUGUUGGAUGGAUCGGAGAAGCGACCACGAGCUGACUCUGGGGAGGCGUCUACUGGAGCAACCAGCCAAGUGGGAUCCGGGGCUGGGGGAGCGUCGUUGAGUGGGGUGAAGGAAGGAGGAACUGCUGCAACCCGAACCGGAAGGUCGCAACCAAGUAGCGAGGAGUUGCUCAAAGCUCAAGAAGCAUGGGAUCGGAAGGAUCGCCAGGCUUUUCAGUACCUGUGUUGGGCUUUGGAGGGGCAACUUGAGCUUCUUAAGAUGCUGAUUGACCUGAAGGGGAAGGAAGGUGCAGCGGCUGCAGCUUGGAAAAGAGUACAAGAUAGGCACUUGCAGAAAGGGCUUCUAAGCGUGCUUACUUGGCGGAAGCGGUUUUACACCAUGGAGCGGAACUAUGGGGAGGGGGAGACCAUGGUUCAGUAUCUCCAGAGGGUGGAUGAGAAUGUGCGGGCUUUGGAGGAGCUGGAUUACACGGUAGAUGAGAAGGAGAUCAUCUAUACUGCGCUCCAAGGGUUGGAUCAAGCGGCUAAUGAGGCAUUACUACAGUACCUUCACCUCGAGCAACAGAAAUGGACCAAGGUGUGGAUUUGGGAGGUUCUAAUUUCUGAUGAGGCUCGCAAGGUUGAUGCUGGAAGAGGUCUAGAAGGAGGCAUGGGUGCAGCAGAUAAAGCUUCCUUCAGGAAAGGCUAUCAACAGCAAGGAGGUGGGGGGAAGAAGAAAGAGUUGGACAAAUGCCUUGUGCCCGGAUGCAACAAAAAACACUCUUGGAAGAGUUGCUGGAGUAGGCCUGAGGGAUGGAAGCCUCACGGCUACUCUGGAGAGGCCCCACCAGUGACCAAACCUGAUUGGGUGGAGAAAAGGAUGAAGAAGGGGCUCUGGAAUAAGAAGGGCAGCAAGGGAGAAACGGCCGCAGCUGCUAAGGAUGAGAAGGGGAAGGGCCAAGACGACUCCUCCGAUGAUGGUUUCUCGUUUCUCAUGCUAGGGCAGGAUGCAGCUCUCGCUGGUCGUGCAUUGGCUGAUCCCAACUUCCUGGUUCUAGACUCUGGAGCAACAUCUGGGAUGCUUCCUCGCCGUGAUCUCUUCACCUCCUACCAUCCUCUCCCACCAAAUUCGAGGAACGUGAUUGUUGGGAGCGGAGAUUUGCUGCAAGCAAUUGGCAUCGGCACGAUCACCAUUAAGGGGAAGGAGGGGGAGCUAGUGGGUGUGAAGGGGGUCCUUCACGUCCCUGGUUUGGCUGCAAACCUCCUUUCAUGCUCGCAGCUGGCUAAACAGGGAUACAUCUGCACUUUCACGGAGGGAGGGUGUACUGUUAGAAAGGGUGAAGCUGUGGUGAUGGAGGCAAAGCUGGACAAGGGUUUAUACCUUGUUCCAGCUUGUGUGCCUAAUUGUUACAAGGCACAUAUGGUUUUUUCUGAGGAAGCCGCUUGUAGCACUCGCUGGAGGCAGGUGGAAACGGUGUCACCUGAGUUGCUACACCUUCGCAUGGGGCACGCGGGGAAGCAGCAACUGCUGGAGUGUGUGAAGAAGGGGGAGCUGAAGGGGGUGGAGGUCAAGGAAGGAGCUGGGCAGCAGAGCAAAUGUCCCGACUGCACGUCUGGAAAGCUGCCUAGAACCUCAUUCCCUAUCUCCUCUGAUCAUGCCUCGACUCCCCUUGAGCUGGUGCACACGGAUGUGUGUGGACCGAUGCAAACUCCUGACCGGGAAAGGGGCAGCAGGUACUUUGUCACCUUUCUUGAUGACUUCAGUCGACUUAGCUGGGUCACCUUGGUGAAGACCAAGGAUGAGGUGGCAAAGGUGUUUAAGUGGUGGAUACGCUAUGUGGAGAGGGAAUCAGGGGUCAAGGUAAAGGUGUUAAGGUCAGAUCGGGGUGGAGAGUACCUUGGGAAAGAACUUCAAACCUUCUUGGAAGAAAAGGGUAUUACCCACCAGCUCUCUGUACCUUACACGCCGCAGCAAAAUGGGGCAGCGGAGCGGCUUAACAGGACCUUGACCGAUUUGGCUCGAGCCAUCCUUUCCCAUGCCGAGCUUGAUAACACUUGGUGGGGGGCAGCAGUGCAGUAUGCCAACUGGGUGAAGAACAGGAUGGGCAGCAAGGGGCUUGGAGGCAAGAGCCCAUACUCCUUAUGGACAGGGAAGGUGCCGAAUGUUUCCAUGGCACGAGUGUGGGGGUGCAUGGCACAGUAUAAGGUACCUGACCAGCAAAGAAGGAAGCUAGAUCCUAAGGCACAGUGGGGGAUCUUCCUUGGGGUUUCUGAGAGGAGCAAGGCUUGGGUGCUGUGGAGUGUAGCUGACCAGCGUGUGAUGGAGAGCCGUGAUGUGGUUUUCCAUGAGGGGCUGAAUUUUAAGGGGUGGAAGGAGCAUGGUACAAGCCAAAGUGGGACUUCCAUUCAAGACCCUCAUACGGCUUCUAUCUUUGAGGGGGCAUGGGAGGACCCUGGAGAUGAAGGGGAGGAGCAGCAGGAGGAGCCAGAACCAGCUGAUCCUAACCAUGAGGAGUCCCGAGAGACAGAUUCUACCCCUCAGCCAGCCACGCAGGCCGAUGCGCGUGAUGAUCAGCCGGAGCAGCAUGUGCCUUCAACUCCAUCGAGAAGCAGUUGGCAGCAGUUGUUGAACCAGCAGCUGUCCAAGAGUCCAAGGACUCCAAUGAAGAGGGUGACUUGGGAGGAGAAGUUGCGGAGGCUGGAAGAAGGAGAGGCAACACCUCUGCGACGCAGUGCUCGAAUUUCCCAGCCACCUGAAAGGUUUUCACCGGGGCACAUUGCACGCAUGCAUGAUCAUCUUGUGUCUGAUUUGGAUGAUUGCAUGCUUGUGGACAUGCAUGGGCAUGAGUAUGCUCUUGAUGUGUGUCUAAUGGGUCAGGUGCAUGAGCCUAGGUCAGUCCAUGAGGCGCUGAACCGUCCCGAAUGGGUUGAGUCUAUGCAUGAGGAGCUUGAGUCUCACAAGGUAAAUGGAUCAUUUGAGUUGGUUGAUCCAGCCGUGGUACCACCUGGUUUGGAGGUCCUCAGGUGUCAAUGGGUUUGGAAAUACAAGCAUAACCCUGAUGGUACCAUUGAGAGGCCUAAGUCCAGAUUGGUGGUGAUGGGAAACACGCAGAAAUUGGGAGUACACUAUGAAGAAGUGUACUCUCCAGUUGGGAAGCAUGCGACCUUGAGAGGUAUGCUUGGAAUUUCAGCUGCUUUGGGGCUUGAUAUCCAUCAUAUGGAUCUAUCUCUUGGCAGAGCAAGAGGCAGCCCGUGGUAGCACUCUCUACCACUGAGAGUGAGUAUAUAAGUCUGUGUCAGUGCAUUCAGGAGGGUGUUUGGCUGAGGCGUUUGUUUGGGGAGUUUGGCCAUGAUCAUGCUGGUGGUGUGCCUGUGUUUGUGGAUAAUCAGUCUGCCAUUGCCCUUGCACAGAAUGCAUGCUUGCAUGGCCGCACCAAACACAUGCAGGUCCGGUGGCAUUUCAUUCGGGAAUAUGGUAGCUGCGGGUGAGGUGAUUUUGCAGUGGUGCCCUACUAACCGUCAGGCUGCUGAUAUUCUUACCAAGUCUCUUCCAUUUGAGCGUCAUGGUGUGUGCAUGACCUUGCUCGGGAUGCAGCCCCAUGAUGACAGAGUUCCCGCAGCAGAUGCCGGCGUCUUGGUGCUCCUCUCCUUGGCGGACUCCAUGCUCUGGGUGGCCCCAACCCAUGGGCAAGGGGGAGUGGUGUGAAGGCAUUUGCCCUAUGGUGUUGCGCCACACCCAGCACGAGCAAGGGGGAGUGAUAAAUGUGUAGUGUUCUGUGGUGUGAUUUGCUCUAGCUGGCUGUGGGCUAUUGGGAUUUGGGCAAAAGAAUUGGGUUGGUUGGCUAGGUUUGAUCUCGUUACCUUUCCAACCCAUACUACCCCAUACCCACUACAGCAUCUUUGAUGUUGCAGCUGUGGCACUUGGGAGUGUUAGGGUUUGGUUCAGGGCGAGGGUUGGUGUUGUUUGACAAUCAAAUACUCCAACUUUU